AUGGCUUCCCCGUCCCCCUCCUCGCCCCUCCACCCGCACUCGCACCAGCACCCGCCCCCUCCGAAUCCUCAUCACCAAUUCCAAUCCCCACCGCCGUCGAUGCUGCCGCCGCCGUCAGCGGCGCUGCCUAAGGCGCUCGACCUGGAGGUUACCGUCGUCUCCGGGAAGCACCUGAAGAAUGUCAACUGGCGCCGUGGCGACCUCCGUGCCUACGUCGUGGUCUACCUUGAUCCCUCCCGCCGCGCCGCCACCCGCCCCGACGACGGCGGCGGGUGCAAACCAACCUGGAACGAGCGCCUCGUCCUCCCGCUUCCGCCCCACCUCUCCCCGCACGACCCCUCGAUCCUCCUGUCCCUCGACGUUUUCCACUCUAAGCCCUCCGAUUCGCCCAAGCCGCUCGUCGGAUCCGCCCGCUCUCCUCUCCGCGACCUCCUCUUCCCCGCAAACCCUAACCCUAGCCACGAUUCCUCAUCCUCCGCUCUCGUCAGCCUGCCACUCCUCCGCCCUUCCGGCCGCCCACAGGGAAAGCUCCGCAUCCGCGUCGCCAUCCGCGAGCGCUCGCCGCCGCCUCCUGAGCCGCAAUACCCUCCGCCAUCCAACUCCCCAUACUACUUUACACCGCCUCCUCCUGCCUACUCGGCCCCGCCGCAGUACGGAUCCGACCAGUACUAUCGCCCCAGUGGGUACUACUCUGCACCUGCACCUCCACCACCUCAGUAUGAGUACACCGGAGGGCCCUCUGCACCGGUGGACUACAACAGGCAAUAUGAGCAGAGAGGGAGGACUGGGGGCGGUGGUAGUGGCAGUGGGAAUGGAAGGUAUGGAGUGGGGACUGGGCUUGCGGUGGGUGCUGUGGCUGGAGCCCUCGGGGGUCUAGCAAUUGAUGAAGCUGUGAAGUACAAGGAGGAGAAGGCUGCAGAGCGAGUGGAAGAGAAGGUUGUACCUGCUGGGAGGGAUGAUUACAGCGAGUAUCGUGGCGACUAUUGA